AUGUCGCAAGCGUACCGAGCAGUGCCUGUAGAGGAGCAAUCACAGUCGAGUGGCGACGAUGCGAGCGUGAACGAGAAAUUCGAAUGGAGCGCAGAAAAGAAGACGCUUUCGCAACGGAUACGGAAUGCUUCGACUUCCCAUCUAGCAUGGAUAGUACAGGCUGUUAUGCUCUCGGCAUCGAUAACGUUCUUCGCCCUUGGAGUUUGCAUGCGAACCACGAAGCAAGCGGAUGCUAUACCUACAACAUUUUCGCCGGUCAACGAGGCCGUCGAAUAUCGUAUACAGCAUUUCGACCUGAAACCAAUUCCUGAUGGUCCAUUUGUUGGCAAAGGUCCUCAAGUAGACGCGAUGUGGGAAUGGGCAACAGACGGCGUCCCGGACACCAUGGUCACUCGUGAAGAAAUGAUCAAGAUGAACAUGGACCCUGAAGGCGCGCUCAUGGUAACUGACCCCGCGACCGGCAAACGUGGCUAUCGUGUCGCUAUCGAAGUCUUCCACCAGUUGCACUGCCUCAACCUGCUCCGACAAGCCAAUUGGAAGUCCCACUAUUCGAAGCUAGGCGGUGAUACAUCUGCGGAGCCUGAGGACUUGCACGGCCAUCUCGACCACUGCAUUGAUGCGCUGAGACAGUUCGUCAUGUGCCAGUCAGAUGUUAACGUGUUCCCCUUCCGGUUUCCGUUCAACGACGGCGACCCAUGGCCGGACUACAGCUCGCCUAGGAUGUGCCGCAACUAUGAGAAGGUACGGGAGUGGGCCGUUGAACAUGGCGUUGCACAGGGUGUGGAUGAGCCGGAGCACUAG